AUGUUGCUGGCUGAGGAGCGCCGUGGCGGUGUUUUUCUGCGACGUGGUGAGCGGGAGAUGAGGUCGUCAUUAUACUUUUACUGUAGAACGCGGCUCCAUCAAGCAACAUCUACCAUAGGUACAACAACAAAAGAAACAGUCGGGGGGCGCGAGGGAAUUCCGCUAGAGAAAAAAUUACAUGUGCGGUUAGAAGUAGUAGUGCUUCUAACUAAAGAGAGCAACAGCAACCGUUCCACCUGGAAACCUAUCCUGAGGAGGUUCAGAGAGCAACGGAGACGAGAUUUUCUUGCUGCUACUUUUUUACCCAGCUUCUACGUCAACAAGUAG